CCCUCGCCCGCCGGAGCUCCCCCGCGGAGGCGGGCGGGCGGUAGGAGCGCGGCGCUCUGAGGGACCGGCGGAGCCCCGAGGGACCGGCGGAGCCCGGCUUUCCCCGAGCAGCUUCCCCUGGGAAGCGGCGGCGGAUCGGACUCGGCUGGGACCUGCCAUGACUCCCCUGGCUCCUCCCAUGGCAUGAGCCCGAGCUCUCCUCCCCGCUCCGCCUGCUUUUGGUCUCUCUCCGCUCCCGGGCUGUCAGAUGGGAUAGGACACACCCGGGCGUGCGGGGCUCGACGCUGCCGCGGGGGAGCGGCGCAGGCAACCGGUGACGGCCGUCGGCUCGCCUGGAGUCGAAGAUGAGCUGGCGGUGGGCUCGCCAGCACUGGAACGGCGGCUCCUCCGUGCUGCUGCUGCUGCCGCUGCUGCUGUGGCACGGCCGGGUCCGGCCGGCCGGCGCCGAUAACGCCAGCCAGGCGUACUACACCGCGAUCAUCAACGUGACGGUGCUGAGCCCCGAGCGCGGCGGCCCCACCGUGCUGCGGAUCGACCGUGGCCGCUACGGGCAGGACUCCCCGAAGGUGGAGGUCAAGGGGCUGCUGGUGGCUCCCGUCCCCAUCAACGGAGUUGCAGAUCGUCUGGGCUGCGACCCUCGAACGCGUUUCCAAGUUCCACCAAACACCAAGCAGUGGAUUGCUUUACUACAGAGAGGAAACUGUACGUUUAAAGAGAAAAUACUGCGAGCAGCUUCACAUAAUGCCACAGCUGUGGUCAUUUACAACAAUAUGUCCAGUGAAGAACCUGUCACAAUGACUCAUCAAGGAACUGGAGACAUUGUUGCUGUCAUGAUUACAGAAUCGAAGGUUAAGGAGAUCCUGAAUUACUUGGAAAAGAAUAUUUCUGUCCUGAUGGCCAUAGCAGUGGGGUCCCGUGUUCCUCCGAAGAACUUCAGUCGAGGCUCUUUAGUCUUUGUGUCAAUAUCAUUCAUUGUUUUGAUGAUCAUUUCUUCAGCAUGGUUAAUAUUUUACUUCAUCCAGAAGAUCAGGUACACAAGUGCACGUGACAGAAAUCAGCGUCGUCUUGGAGAUGCUGCCAAGAAAGCCAUUGGUAAAUUGACAACCAGGACAGUAAAGAAGGGUGAUAAGGAAACAGACCCAGACUUUGAUCAUUGUGCUGUCUGCAUUGAGAGUUACAAGCAGAAUGAUGUUGUUCGCAUUUUGCCAUGCAAGCACGUGUUCCACAAACUCUGUGUGGAUCCAUGGCUCAGUGAGCACUGUACAUGUCCAAUGUGUAAACUGAACAUUUUGAAGGCACUGGGCAUUGUGCCCAGCGUGCCGUGCACGGAUAACGUCGCCUUUGACAUGGAGCGGCUGACGCGGGGGCAGCCGGCCAGCAGGCGCUCGGCACUCGGCGACUUCGGCACCGACAGCUCCCUCAGCCUGGAGCCCCUGCGCACCUCGGGCAUGUCGCAGCUGCCACAGGACGGGGAGCUGACACCCAGGUCAGGGGAGAUCAACAUUGCAGUGACAAGCAGUCACUUCUUCCAUCGUAACUCUCUGUCCCCUCGAAGCCUGGUCUACGAGAGCGAGUUCUCAAGCAUCGAGCCUGCCUUGGACAUGUACGACGAGAACAAAACCUGAAAGGAAUCCAUGCUCCUUCCUGGCCCUUUUUCUGUUUUUUUCAUUUCUCAUUCCUAUUGUUGUGUACUCUUUCCAUGGAUCUCCUUUGUCUGAAGAAGAGCUGCUUUUUCCAGAACACGAACCCACCUUCUCGUUUGCACAGACGAAGACCAGCUGUGGUGGAUUCUGAGGGUGGCAUCUUUGAGCUGACAAAGAGCUGUGCGCAAGCAAGGUUGUCUGAUGGAAAUUGCUGAGUAACAGCACGGGGAGCUGUGUCGGCCCAGCCGCGGCGAUGCAGGAGAGGUUUUACGGUGGCCCUGAGAGUUUGUGAUGAACUGCAAAUGCGUCUCUUGCACAGGCGUCUGCUGUUUCCGAUUUUUUUAGCUGUCCAGAUGGUUGGGCAAUGUCAGAAAGGGAACUGGUUGUAGAGGAGAUGGCCAGUGACUGGUAAAAGCACUCGUAUAUCUCGGUCAAUCCAUAACCUUACUGUGAAAUAGCCCCUUCUGAGAGGGACCUUCAUAAGUGCAUUGAGUUUCCUACAACCCACUUAACCCCAGCCGGUGGCAAGCCAGUCUGACAUUCAAGCUGCAGAGAGGACCUGCAUUUGCAGAAAGAUUUCAAGAAACUUGAUGCUUGGAUUUUUUUUCUCCAAUUCGAUUGAAGCAGGAGAACAAUGGUAUACACAGAAUAUACUUUUGGUCCUUUUGUGUGCUGAAGUCAAGUGAGUCUCUUUCUGUAGAGAGGACAUGCACAGAACCAGCACUUGAUCUACCUAACAACCAUUAGACUUUUUGAAAUAUGCAGGAAUAAAAUUAGCUUUCUUUCUCACGUAACUUUUCUUUUGGGGGGUGGGGGGUAAAAAAUCCACCAAAUUUUUCACUGAGGUUUUUUAAAAGCCAGCAUGUUGGCAUUACACAGAGAAGAAAAGAGGUAAGCUUCUUAUCCCACUCUCCUGUUGAGAUCUGCAACAGUUAUUUAACAAAUACGUUCUCUGAGCUGUGCCCUUCUUUCCCACUGACAUCAAUAAGGGGAAUGCAGAAAGCAGGAGAAGAAAGGAAAGCAGCUAUUGCUUUGACACGCUGCAGGAAAAAUCAAUUUUUACCAGCAUGUGACAAAAGCGGUGGGGAAAUGGAUACUGUUUGCAAGCUUCUGAGAGAACAAUGCAGAAAUGGAGAGCGAGAGAGGAACCUCUGGAGCAAAGUCAUUCAUGGUGUUCCUCAGAUGAGCCAACGUGGAGGAGCGAGCCCUUUUGCUCCACCGUUUCCUACCGGACAAUGCAUAGCUGUUAAUGAAUGUUUGGAUUUUUCUCCAUUGCAGUCUAAGUUACUGUAGGUGUAGAAACUCAUUUGUGUCCUUGUAAUGUGAAACACAAGUUUCACCCUCUGUAGAGGAAUCUUGAGAAAUCAGUUAAGCCAAAAAGAAAGGUAAGACUUAUCCUGCCAUGCUUUAAUUUCACCUGCUUUUGCUACAAGCAGGGGAAUUUCCCCUCCUUUAUAAUGUUUUUAAUUGUAUAGCAAUCUGCUUAACAUAUAUCCUUUUCUGAAGUGUGGUUCAGCUGUGUCUUUAACAUGGAUGUUCAAGAGAAAAAGAAAAACCCAGCUCUGUAAGAUGAGGAAAUGAGCCUCUUUGCCGAGCAUGCUUUGACUUUUGUUGCUGUGCGUCAGCUUUAUUUAAUCUGAUAAUUCAAGAGUGGGUGGCGUGAAGUGUAGGGAGGUUUUUCUCAUAAUACCCACAUUGAUAUUUACCAAAUGCACUUUUAUUGCCAUUCAGCUCGCUCUGGAAAUGCGCUGAAGCCCCAAACGUUUCUAAGAGCACGAUUUUGACGCCCACUUUCUCCUACAAAGCAGAAGUGAAGGUCACAGGAAGUGCCACAGGGGCUGAGGCAGCAGCGGGUCGUGGUCAGCAUCCCUCCUCUGCUGGCGGGUGUGCGGGGCAGGCAGCGACAGCUCCGGGCACUGCCAGCGAGCCCGGGCACAGCUCCCCAUCCCAGCCUGGCUGAGCUGAACCCCAGCCUGGGCACAGCUCCCCAUCCCAGCCUGGCUGAGCUGAACCCCAGCCUGGGCACAGCUCCUCAUCCCAGCCUGGCUGAGCUGAACCCCAGCCUGGGCACAGCUCCCCAUCCCAGCCUGGCUGAGCUGAACCCCAGCCCGGGCACAGCUCCCCAUCCCAGCCUGGCUGAGCUGAACCCCAGCCUGGGCACAGCUCCCCAUCCCAGCCUGGCUGAGCUGAACCCGUAUGGGACUCGGGGGUGGCAGGAGCGCCGGUUGAGCAGCCUCUGUUUUCGUAAUUACAUCUGCAAGAUCAGCAGGGACACGUGGGAGCGGCACCUUGGGAACGCAAAUGCCCCAAAGGAAAAUCACCGACUGUCAAGGAGGUUAUGGGGCUUGUUUUUAUCCAUGAAGGCAGUCAGGUUAUAAUAAACCCAGAUACUUGGGUGUUCCUGGUUGAAUGUAAACAUGCCUUGGUGUCUCCAGCUGGCACAGAGCUGCUCUGGUGGGGUUUUGGGUAGGACAGGCUCUUGUAGCACUGAGUGGGGUGCUCCAAGCCAAUCCUUCUCGUAGGAGCUGCCCCAUCCCUGACACAGGGAUGUCCCCUAAGGCCACCAGGAAUGUCACUGGGGCACAGUUUCAGCACAAAACCAAAGCUGAUGAUUUCUCAGCUCCAAAUGAGCCCGUUUGCACAGGCUGUGUGCCAGAAUAUACAGAAAAGCUAGAAGAGGCAUGGAAAUUGAAAACUAGAAAGCACAAAGCCCCCAAAGACAAAAUAAUAAACAAUGUAAUUUGUAUUUUGCUAAAUCUUAUUUCUAACCAAACAUCCUGGUUUUAAGCAAGGGGAGGGCAGGCUUGCCUCAGUGAAGACAGGGUCUGGCACAGUGAUGUAAAAAUGGAUUUGUGCUGUAGCAUCUUGGAUAGGGGAGCUGGUAUUUGUGAUUGACAUCCUGGAUUUGGGAAGUCUUGCAACACUGAAAAAAUGAAAAGCUUGUUCAAGCAAUCAGUCCCUACGUGCUGGAGCAGGCCUUCCCCAGUUAGUCAUAUUUAGGACAGGGAAGAGGCACCACAGCAACAUGGGUGAUUUUUUUCUGGGCUGUGCUGGUAAGUUUGAGGUUUUCCUUUUAAUAUUAAUCAGUAUAUAAAAAAAGCUUAAUGAGCAUUGUUGUUCUUGUUCUGCUGCAGUGGUGCUGUGUGUGGUUGAGUCAUUUCACAGAAGUAAAAUAUACAGCAACCUACCAAGCACUGUAAGUGCCAGUAACUUGGAAAAUCAUUUUCAAAGUUAAAAAAUAAUUGCUUUUUUUUAACAGGAAAACAUUCAGGUUUUGACUUCUACAUAUAAAAAAAACCUUUUAUCUCCAAGUGUUUUCUUAAGCUAGUCAAACCUCAACACUUUGCCUUCCCUUUCUAAGCUUCCUCUUCUAUGAAAGUUUUGCAUGUUCCCAUAAGACAUUUGUAAAAUCGAGGUUUGCUUGUGUUCUUAGAGGAUAAUUGCCAGUAAGAAACCAGACUGUAAGUGUGCUUUUUACUUAUAAUACACAACAUUAAAUAUUGAAUUUGAA